CGAUUCCCUUUGUGGUUCCCAGCGCUUUGUAGAUCCUCCCCAGGGACCGCCUUGCAAAGAGCGCGGGAAGCAACAAAGCAAACCUGCCCUAGAGGAAUACUAGAACUCGGAAGGGGGAGAGAGCCGGGAAUGAACGUGUCAGCCAACACCCGCCUUUCCGCCACGUGGCCCCGAGACUGCGGCCGAUGGGCACCAACCGGCGCUGCCAAGCGGCUGCGCCAGGAGAAGAAAGAGAAGGCCUCUCUCUACCCUCACCUCGCCCAAACCCCACACGCGGAUCCGCGGAGAAUUUGGUAACCGGAGGAGGAGAUCCAUGCUCAACGGCGUUGCUCCCUGCUGCUGUGCCACUCCCUGCCCCGCAGAGGGUGAGGGCUGCCCUGCAGAAUGGGGUGUGCAACGGAGGGAGUAAAGAUGGCAUCAUCGGACUCUCCGGCCCGAAGUCCUUGAGGGCAGGAGUGGAGGCAAGAGCUGGUGGCCGCUAGGUUGUUUUUUUUUAUCCCCACCUCGCUGGCUGCGUUCCCUGCAGCUGGAGUACUAGCAGUGGGAAAAGAUAGGGAAGCCUGUGCCACGUCCACCUGCAGGGAGCGGUCUCCAUUCCAGAGAGAUAUUUCUACCUCCGGUGUCUUACAGAAGGUGAACUAAAGAGUCUCAUCCCUGCCCACCAGGACCAGAAUGAAGGGGCUAUUUCUAGCAGUUUGGCUCUUCAUUGUGCCGGCUAGAUGGGCAGCACCAAAGAACAGCAGUGGCAGGCCAGAGAUCCCCCACGAUUCCAUGGAUCAAGCCAUCCUGAAUCCUCUGCACCCAAGCCAAGUUUCUCUAAAGGUGCUCCAAGAUUAUCUGGAGAAUAUUGGGCAGUUGAAUGGGGAUCCUGCUACCAUGACAAGGGAACAGGCGCUCUUGCUUCUCUUUGCUCUUCAUGACUAUGACAAAAGUGGGCACUUGGAUGGUCUGGAAUUUAUGAGACUGUUGAGUGAAUUGGUGUCCCAACAGGCAAAAGGAGAGCCUGCACCAGACACGGUAGUGCCAAUGGUGGACAGUAUCUUGGAGACUCAGGACUUCAACUGGGAUGGAUUAUUGGAGCCUUCAGAGUUGUUUCUUCCUCCCCGGCAGGGAGAGAAACCAAACUUCCUUACUGCUGUCAGUGAAGAAGAUGGUCCAGUCCUGUGGGCACUUCCUGAGCCAAAUGAACCAGCCAUUGGCUUCCCAAGUCCCUCCGACCAACAAAGCAAUGGAGACUCCCCGCCUGCACCAGAAGUUCAGGAACAAGACAUGAUGGGUGACCAAUUGUGGAGCCUGGAGAAGCAUGGGGGAGAGCUUGGCCAGGAAACCGCAGGAGAACAAGGGAAAGAGAUGCCUUCUGCUCCAGGAGAUUGAAAUAUACCCUUUACAGACUUUAGGUGAUUAGCCAAGCAAUGAGAACUGGAGGCCUCCAGGUCAAUUUCAGAAAUGGAAUUCAGAUAAUCACCGCUUUCCGAACAUUUUCUCCUGUGCAAUCUGUUCUGGGUUUCCAAGUCUUCUCUUUACCAAAGCCAAACAGAAUAGGAUUUCCUGUUCAGUCAGCUCUGCACCCUGUUAUCUAAAGAGAUCCCUUUUCCAGGUUUCAUACUCCAAAUCUAAAACUUGAGAAACAAAAGUCACUAAAAACUUCUCCUAACACAGUGGCUCCACUUUCUCCUCAGUGCACCUGAGUGCACCAUUCAGAGUGCCAUGGAAACCUCUUCCCUCCCUCCCCCAGUACCCAGGACCACAGCCUUUCCAGGAGGUGAGGCUACAUAGGUAGGAAAGAUUUCUCUAAACUGAAAAGCCUCUCUCAGCAGGUUGUCUUCCUGAAUAGUCUCUCUCUCUUCACAGAGCAGGCUCCCGAUUCUAGAGGAUCUAUUUAGGGUCUCUUGCUCUGCCUUCCUCGAGUAAGAAGCUGUUGCACAGAGACAGGACAGAACUUACGACUAUAAUUUCCCAGUCUGGCCAAGGAUUUAUCUGUGCAUUUCAAAUGACCGUUCUGGUCACUCUUUCAGCAGGUUCCUUUGGAGAAAAGCCCACCCAACACUGCAGGAGGCAUCCCGUAUGUCUUUUGCCAUGGCAUUUAAAUUUAAAUUGCCCAUCUCAUAAAAGUGACUCUAGAAUUAAAACAAACAUCACAACCUGUGAUUUCCAAGGUUAAACUAGUCAAUUCUAAUCACGAAAGAGAACACAUCAACAACAGCACAGCUGACCCAACCCCCUGGUCCAAAUCCUAGGGAAACAGCCAGAGAUGCAUAUGCUUCAACUACACAUCUGCUUUUUCAAAUCUGCCAAUAAAUCAUCUUCAAACUGAA